AUGGGGUCCCGCGAUGCAGCACCACCGGUCAACGAUGAUGGACACGAUUCUGUGCCGCCGCCGGCGAGUCAUGUGACCGAGGCACCACCCUACUGGUCCACUGGUCCAACCCGCCACAGUCGCAGCACCAGCUACCAUUCCCUGAACCAGACCCGGCCACCUGCCAUUGUCCUCGAAGACAACACCGACGACCUUCACGACCACUCCCAAUCCUGCUGGGCGCAAUCCGUCUCGAUAGAUGAAUACGUCGUCGUGUCCGGGCCCACAGGCAUUGGCGCUUAUGUCGUCUGGCACUGUACCGUGAGCACGCUAAAGGGUGGCGACCUGUGUAUACGAAAAAGAUACUCCGAAUUCGACCGUCUGCGCGAGGACCUCGUUCGCGCCUUCCCGCACGCCGAAGUCAUGAUCCCGCCUCUCCCACGGAAAAGCGUCGUCUCGCGCUUUCGACCCAAGUUCCUCGAGCAGAGGAAGAUGGGCCUCGAGCAUUUCCUCAACUGUGUGUUGCUCAAUCCUGAGUUUGCCUCGUCGCCCAUCCUCAAGGACUUUAUCUUUUACUAA